AUGGCUAGCCCUCCUGUACUAGCUUUCGAUACUAAGGGCCGCCCAGUGAAGUUUGACACCUGGCUAGAUGACCUGCACCUCUUCCUACAGCUCACUGCCAAGGAGGACAUCUCACUGUACGAUCACGCCCUAGGCCAUGCCACUGCCUCUGCUGCUACUGCUGACAGCACUGCCCGCUCACAGUGGCAGACUCGUGACGCCCACGCUCGCUUUGCUAUUCGCAACUCCCUACCGAUAGAUGAGUGCGAGCACUUUGGCCAGCACAAGACUGCACAGGCACUGUACACUGCUGUCGUUGCUCGCUACUGCUCACCUGCCUCUGCUGCGCUAGGCCGUCUCUCACUCCCCUACCUGUUCCCCGACCUCGCCUCCUUCCACACAGUCGGUGACCUCAUCACGCACCUCCGUACUAGUGAGGCCCGCUUCCGUGCCGCUAUGCCUGAUGAGUUUCUUGCCACGAACCCCCCCCCGCUCUGGCUCACUCUCUACCACCUAGUCACCCGCCUCCCUGACUCUCUGCGUGCAGUCAAGGACCACUUCCUAGCUCGCUGCCCCACUGAGCUCACCAUUGCCCUCCUCGAGAAGGAACUACUUGCAGCUGAGGCUAGCAUAGUCGCUGUAGGUGCCUCUCGUGGCGACCCCCGCACCCCUUUCUUCGAGGGGUGUUCCCCUUCCCCCCUUCUUCCCUCUGUAGCCUCUGCUUCUGCUGUCGACCUCCUUGGUGCUGAGAAGGUCAGGACUGCGUCUGCUUCGAGCUGGCGCCGCAGCCGGAAGGGCAAAGGGGGCAAGGGAGGCGGAGGUGACGGCGGGGGAGGCGGUGGUGGGGGUGGUGGCGGCGGUGGGGGUGGUGGUGGGGCUGGAGGGGCUAGUGGCAGCGGUUGGGGUGGUGGCGGCAGCGGCGGGGGAGGUGGCAGGGGCGGGGGUGGUGGUGGGGGCGGCGGUGGACGCGGCAGCGGCAGGGGAGGGGGUGGUCGAGGAGUUGGCGGCGGCAGUGGUGGUCGUGGAGGCGCUGGCAGUGGCCAGAGCCAGCAGUACACUCCAUCGCCCCAGGAGCUCCGUGAGUGGUACUCUCAGCACGGGGGGGGGGGGGGGGGGGGGGUGGCCUUAGCUGCACGUACGUUAUCCGCACUGGUGACCGCACUGUUUCCUGAGGCCACUGAGCUGCCCCGCUGGGCUGAUCUGAUGAAGAAAAACAUUGAUAUCUUUGCACUAGACUUUGAUGCUAUUCUCACCGCCAUGUAUGUGAUGUCUGUUAGUGGAGAGGGUGCUCAGUACCUGCGUCUUCCGCCCGAUCCGGGCAUUCGGACCAGUGAGGCUGCCGCUCUAGGUGCUAGAGUGUCUGCUACCCCAGGUGCUGGUGAGGCUACCGCUCUAGUUGCUAGUGAGUCUGCGCCCCCUGGUACUGAGCCGACUAAGGCACUACACACCUUCACACUGGACUCAGGUGCUUCCUGUUGUUUCUUUCGUGACCGCACGGCCCUUAAGCAGCUUGCUCGGCCAGUUGCAGUCUCCCUCGCUGACCCCUCUGGGGGUCCGGUCCUUGCGACCUCCUCCACUGUCCUCCCCUGUCCUGCGGUCCCGUCGGGCACACUAUCGGGUCUCUACCUCCCCUCGUUCUCUACGCACUUGGUGGCGGGUAGUGCGCUCCAGGACGGGGGUGUCCACCAGUUCACCCCUGCCUACGAGCACGUGACACACUGCACGUGUGCUCGGACGGGCCGUCACCUGGCUACCUUCACACGGCAGCCGGGGUCAGACCUGUACACACUGACCACUGAGUCCCCUCAGGUAGCUGCGUCUGCGUCUGCGUCAGGUCAGCUAUCAGCCCCCUGCUCGUGUCGCUCUCUGGCGCACGAGGCCGUCCUCUGGCACCACCGACUUGGUCACCCGUCUGUGCAGCACCUUCGGGCCAUGCACAAACGGUACCUUGUCUCUGGUCUUCCCAGGGUUCUCCCUCCCCUCCCACCCUCGCCUGCUCCUCCCUGUCUUCCCUGUGUCGAGGGGCGGCAGCGCGCCGCUCCUCACUCCUCCUCGUUUCCCCCGACGAUUGCUCCCUUGCAGACGCUCCACAUGGACGUGUGGGGCCCAGCCCGCGUCCGUGGUCAGGGUCAGGAGAGGUACUUCCUAAUAUUUGUUGACGACUACUCGCGCUACACCACGGUCUUCCCCUUGCGCACCAAGGGUGAGGUCCCUAAUGUUUUGAUCCCUUGGAUCCGCGCUUCUCGUCUCCAGCUCAGCGAGCGUUUCCACUCGGACUUUCCUGUCCUGCGCUUGCACUCUGACAGAGGUGGUGAGUUCUCCUCCGACCUCUUGGCAGCCUACUGUGCGGAGCACGGCAUCCGCCAGACGUUCACGCUUCCGGCCUCUCCACAGCAGAAUGGGGUUGCUGAGCGCUGCAUUGGCUUGGUCAUGGAGGUCGCUCGUACCUCCUUGAUCCAUGCGGCUGCCCCCCAUUUUCUGUGGCCGUUUGCGGUCCGAUACGCUGCGCAUCAGCUCAACCUCUGGCCCCGUGUCUCCUUGCCGGAGACUUCCCCGACACUACGUUGGACGGGAGAGGUUGGCGAUGCGUCGCAUUUCCGGGUGUGGGGAUGUCGAGCUUUUGUUCGCGAUACGUCCGCGGACAAGCUCUCCUCCCGCGCUGUUCCUUGUGUCUUCCUUGGCUUUGUCCCGGACGCGUCUGGUUGGCAGUUUUACCACGCCACCUCGCGCCGUGUCCUGCACUCUCAGGACGUCCCUUUGACGAGUGCUGCUUUGGUAGACCCCCUCCCCCCUCAGGGUGCCGCUCCCUCAGGUGUGUCCCAGGUAGACCCGGUUGAGCCUGUCGAGGUAGCUCUCGACUCUCGUCCUGCUAGGGGUGCUGAGCCUGAGCGUGCAGAGCCUGGGGUUGCGGAGUCUGGGGGUGCUGAGCCUGGGGGUGCGGAGUCUGGGGGUGCUGAGCCUGGGGGUGCGGAGCCUGCGGGUGCUGAGUCUGGGGGUGCUGACUCUGGAGGUGCUGAGCCUGGGAGUGCUACACCUGGAGGAGCUCUCUCCUCACAGCAGCUGCGUGAGUGGUACUUACAGUACUGCAGCCUUAGGAGAGGUGCUUCUGGAGCUAGGAGUGCUGCUGGAGCUGGGGCUAGUGCUUCCCCUCCUAGGCGGGAGCUGCCCUCUCCCCAGCGGCUCCGAGAGUGGUACGCACGGCGCUGCAGUCUCAGGAGUGGCGCUCCUUGUGCUGCGGACCCGGGCGUAGGAGCUGCUGCUGGUCCUGCUGACCCUGGAGUUGGAGCUGCUACUGGUGCUGAGGACCCGGGCGUUGGAGCUGCUUCUGGUGCUGCGGCCCCGGGUGUUGGAGCUGCUGCUAGUGCUGCGGACCCGUGCGUUGGCGCUGCUGCUGGUGCUGCUGACCCUGGAGUUGGAGCUGCUACUGGUGCUAAGGACCCGGGCGUUGGAGCUGCUGCAGGUGCUGCGCACCCGGGUAUUGGUGCUGCUGCUGGUGCUGUGGACCCUGGCGCUGAGCGUCGUGAGCCAGAGUCUCGUCUUGUGUCGCGUGUGUCUCGUGCUGCGUCAACUGUUCAUGUUGCUCCCACUGCUAGCCGUGUUCCGCGUGAGCACCCUCCUGCUGUCCCCGGCACACACUAUAUGACUCUGCGUCCUUCCACUGCUCCCCAGCGUGUCCCUCUCCCGUCUCCUCCUGCGUCCUCUCUUUCUGCUCUUGCUAACCCGGAGUCUGACUCCCUACGCGCUACCAAUCCUACUGUCACGCGUCUCCUGGCUACUAUUGUCACUGACCCUUCCUUUGAGUCCGCUGCUGUGUCUGCCUUAGUUGCUGAGCUUGUCGACUUUGCUGCCACCUGUCGUCUAGACUACGCCGCUAGCCUAGUUGCUGAGUCUGAGUCUGUCUGUCCUCCGUCCGUCGGGGGUGAGUGUGCUCUUGGGACGAACGUUCUUGAGGACAGGCAGGAGGAGUUUGAGUGCUUCGCCGCUGCUUUACCUCAUCUCGUGUCCAUGCUAGUUGCCCCUGAGGGAGAUCCGGAUGCACCAGACAUCCCGACUCCUCGAUCGUACGCUGAGGCGAUCGAUAGUCCCUACUCCUCUCAGUGGCAGUCAGCCAUGGACGCAGAGAUGGCUUCCUGGAAGUCCACAGGUACCUACGUUGACGAGGUUCCCCCACCUGGGGCGAACAUCGUCAGUGGUAUGUGGGUUUCCAGGGUGAAGCGGCCGCCGGGUUCUCCGCCUGUCUUCAAGGUGCGUUACGUUGCACGAGGCUUCAGUCAGCGAGAGGGAGUUGACUUCUUCCAGACCUUCUCCCCGACCCCGAAGAUGACCACUCUUCGGGUUCUGCUGCACAUCGCCGCUCAGCGUGACUACGAGCUCCACUCUCUUGACUUCAGCACUGCUUUCCUACAGGGCAGCCUGCACGAGGAGAUCUGGCUGCGCCGCCCACCUGGCUUUACUGGGUCGUUCCCUCCUGGUACCCAGUGGAGCCUCCGGCGGCCAGUCUACGGUCUCCGAGAGGCACCGCGUGAGUGGCACGACACACUGAGGACUACACUUGCGGCUCUUGGGUUCGCUCCCUCUACUGCUGACCCGUCGCUGUUUCUACGCACCGACACUUCGCUGCCGCCGUUCUACAUCCUCGUGUACGUCGACGACUUGGUCUUUGCCACUGCUGACAGUGCGGCACUCGCCCACAUGAAGUCGGAGCUGUAG